ACACAGCUCUGGGGAGAUGAUGCAUUUUCUUCCUGUGGGUUAUAAAUGAGUUCUUCGUGGAUUGAAUGAGAAGCAGCUCCGGAGCUCCUCGUCUCUGGGACCUGAUACGCUAAACCGCACUACGGAGUCCUGAAUAAUUUAAACGUUUAUCUUUUAUUAAUUUAAGUGUUAAAAUGAUCACAACACACAGCGGACAUUUUCUACAAACGGAUUCACUCCAGCAGCCACUGACUUCUGCUUCUCUCAGUCAUAUUGAGCUGGACGCCACAAAGAGUCCACUUGCCCUCUUGGCACAAACGUGCUCCCAGAUCGGACAAUCAGACCCGAUCUCUUCCACCUGCUCAUCGAACAGCUUGAAAGACUCUGGAUGUCUGACGAUCGGCAACAUGAGAGUUUACUCCAAAUCGGCAGAGAGGAAAGAUUCUGUCCCUUCACUCGACGAUCGGUGCGUGUCGAGGACGCAGAGUGCCACCUGCAGACCGCUUGCUGUAUGCUCUCCUAAAAUUCAGGAUGAAGAUGAGAAGAACAUCAGAGAUGGCAGUAAAAGUUCAGGUGAAACCUCUGAGACCAUCAGAAAUAGAAAUUCAGAGAUAAAUGACAAACAUGAAUCUAAGACAUCAUGGACUGAGACAUCAUCAGUGGUGUGUUCCAGUUCUUCCAGCCUCGGAUUGGGUGUUCCUCCAUUUUCUACGUUUCCUCUUCCGCCGUUUCCGACAAGCUGUGCGAGUUUCCCUCAGCCGCUUCUGCCUGCAUUGAACAAUAAACCAGGGACCUCCAUCAUUUCCACUGUUCCGUGUGGAGACCCGUACUGUCUCGGCUAUCACUGUGCUGCGUCUCUUAAAUCCACGUUUCCUCUUCUGUAUCCUUCUCACUCCAUUCCUUCUUCCUCCACAUCUGCAAUUACAAUAUUUCCACAUGGCUUCAUGCACAAUCAUGAACUCCACUCAAGUUUUUUAAACAGCGUUUCAACAGACUCUUCUGAGCCCAGUUUCCCCCCCUCACUGGGGUACAUAGCCUCGACUCUCAGGACCCCACAUCACACACUCGGACAUGGCGCUCGGUACCAUCCGUACUUCAAAAACCCUUCACCAGCACCUUCAAAUCCAUAUUAUUCUCUACAUGGACUCGCACUUUAUGGACAAAGGCUUCAUCUAGCACCUUAAAGGUUUUGUGUAGAACCACACAAUAGUGGGUCCAUUUAUUCAUUUCUUAAUGAGAAGUUACAAAAAGCUUUAAUCAGAAUCUGAUUUUUAAUAGAAAUUUAAUAAUAAACAAAAUCUAUAUAACAAUAUUAUAUACAAUUUCAUUAAUGUUAUAGUAUUUUGUCUUCUGUUCUUCUUUGAGGACUUGAUCAUGACAAACAGAAAUAAGAACAGAGAUUGAGAAAAAUAACAAGUGUCACAAGUGGAAAUUUAGAAGUUAAUUGCAAAAAAAAAAACAAAAAACAAAAAACGGAAACAGAAACAAGAAAAAACAAACAAACAAACAAAAAAGCAAUCCAUCAGCAAUCUGUUACCUUUUCUGAACAUGUACUAAUAUUAAUGUUAAUAAAUCUCUAACUGUC